AUGGCGAUGUCACAUCUAAUCCAAACUCUUGACUAUGCAUAUAAUUCCUAUCGUGCUCUCAGCAUUUUCUACCCAGCUCAGUUUGACCUACUUUCAUGUAGCACAACUUACAAAGGUGCUGAGGAAUUGACCUCUAUAGGUCCGACCUGUGGUGGUCGAUCUUCCUCCAAGUUAAACAAACCGAGUCUAAAGCGAAAUAGUUUCUUUGUGAACGACAUACUAGAUCCUGAUUUCGGUAGGUCAGCUGUGGCCGAAAGUGACCAUCAAGAGGGCAGCACCACAGCUGAUAUUGAGUUGGAAUCACCAGACGAUAUAUGGACAACUCAUUCAAAGAGAAUCCCGAAUGAAAGCCUGGUUUGGGACAAUAAAACAUCUAGUGCCACCUCCACGUCUUCUUUCACGAGCCCGGACUCACACUCAGCUGAGGAGACCAGAAGUGCCAAGAAUAUUCUGGACAACACGAGUUAUGCUUCGCAACAAAACGUACUCUCUCCACUGAACAAAUCAAAUCUCCCAGCUUGGGUGUUCUGCACUCGUUACUCUGACCGGCCGUCAUCAGAGAAAGAAAAUACAAUGGGUUGGACAUAUGCGCGGAACUUCAGUCCACAUGACAUCAGAGAGAAUGAAGCCAGUUUUAGCCAGAUGGUUGAAGAGAGGCGUCCUGUGCUACCGUAUAACAAUUCUAAACCUACAGAACUUCGGACGGACAGGUGGAUAAUUGGCCAAGCAACUAAGACAACCACGUCCACUCCCCCAUUGUUUGAUGGGCAGGGACAGUUGCUCGGAAUACAGGUAGCACUGGAACUGAACGGCUCCAUGUUUUGGUGGUUAUUAGAAGGGCUAAUCUGGCCAGAACGACUGAAACUUCUUGAGGAGCGGUUAAGUGGGAUGGACAAAUGUAGGAAGAGAUGCCAGCCCACCAUGAUAUAUUACAUAGUGUGUUUUGGCAAUUUGACGGCCGGUCCUCGGAUACGAAAACCUCGGAGGUCUCUCCAGCAAGAAGAGAUCAACUUGAAACGGCCUAGAACUUCAUUCACAAACGUCCAGUUAAAGCGACUAGCCAAAGAAUUCGAGGUGAACCGAUAUCUGGAUGAAACUCGUCGGAAAAGUCUUGCAAAGGAACUGAAUCUGAGAGAAUCCCAAGUAAAGAUUUGGUUUCAGAAUAAAAGAGCAAAAACGAAAAAGGGUGGUGAAAAUUCGUCGACAGCCCACGACCGGUUUCGCCCAUUUUGGGGCUCAUCAGGUAGGCACAAUCCCCGAGUUUCCAUGAGCCUUAUGUUCUACUUGAAGCCAAAUUGCACAAAACUAGCGAAGUACACUAAUUUAAAAACUAAUUUGACUUGUGGAAACGAAGAUCGUUUGGCAUUUCAACUGAUGGCCGAAGGACUUUAUAAUCAUUCGGUCCGCAUACGAGCGAAUUCCGAGGAGAAAGCUGCCACAUCACAAUAA